AUUUUGUGUAACCUUUGGGCGAGAAAAAAAAUUCUUCAGACGGUGGUUUAAUAACUCCAGGUUGCAUCUUCAACAGUGCCACAGUAUUUCGUGAGAACUUCGCUGGAUUGAACUGAUCGGUCGGCUAGAGCAACCUCAGCAGCGCUAGGUUUUGUGUCCAUCGUGCUUCACUUGUUAGUGGAUAAGAUUUGUGUGUAGAGUGAAUUCGAACAAGCCCGAUAAGGCUCUUCGCGAACGACGAGUGUUCGAAGCAAGUCAAUUAGUGCAAGUGAUUAGUCUGUUACGGCACCGCCGACAGUGAACAAGUGCAUUUCCUAGAAGGAGCUUGUAUUACAAGGAAGCCUGCCUUCUGAUUAUAGUGAUUGAUACAAAGUGCGUGAUCGAGAAGAAAAGUUGUGCGAAAAAAGUGUCUCAGCUUAGACAACCGCAGAACAAUGGCAACCAAAGCUCCUCUACAACGGUUUAUCCAACAUGGAGCUCACAAGGGCAAAGCAAUCGCUGUCUUCACCAGCGGUGGGGAUUCCCAGGGUAUGAACGCCGCGGUCCGUGCCGUCGUCCGUAUGGGCAUUUAUGUGGGCUGUAAGGUGUACUUCAUCCGCGAAGGCUACCAGGGUAUGGUGGACGGCGGUGACAACAUCAUAGAGGCGAACUGGUCCUCAGUAUCCAGUAUUAUCCACCGCGGUGGCACGGUGAUCGGUUCGGCCCGUUGUGCAGGCUUCCGCGAGCGUGCCGUUCGUCUGCAAGCCGCCUACAAUCUGGUAAGCCGUGGCAUCACCAAUUUGGUCGUAAUCGGAGGUGACGGUUCGCUGACCGGUGCUAAUCUAUUCCGUGUGGAAUGGGGCAGCCUGCUGGAUGAACUGCUGGCCUCGGGUAAGAUCACACAGGAUCAAAGGCUCAACUACAAGAGCUUGCACAUCGUCGGUAUGGUCGGAUCGAUCGAUAACGAUUUCUGCGGCACGGACAUGACCAUCGGUACCGAUUCGGCACUGCAUCGCAUCAUCGAGGCCAUCGAUGCGAUCGUCAGCACUGCCUAUUCGCAUCAGAGGACCUUCAUUUUGGAGGUCAUGGGCAGGCACUGCGGUUACUUAGCCCUCAUGGCUUCAUUGUCUAGUGAGGCGGAUUUUGUGUUCAUACCGGAAGAUCCAGUUCCGAACAAUUGGCCCGAUAAAUUGUGUGAUAAGAUUCUGCAGGAACGUUCCGCCGGUCAGCGGUUAAACAUCAUCAUCGUAUCGGAAGGUGCGAUCGAUCUCGAAGGUCAACCGAUCACAGCGGAAAAAGUCAAACAGGUGGUGGUCGAUAAGCUGCAACAGGAUACCCGAAUCACCGUACUCGGUCACGUUCAACGUGGAGGCAACCCAAGCUCGUUCGAUCGGGUGUUGGGCUGUCGUAUGGGCGCAGAAGCUGUGCUAGCACUGAUGGAGGCUGACGACAACACUGAACCGUGCGUCGUUUCACUGGACGGAAAUCAAGCCGUCCGUGUACCACUGAUGGAGUGCGUCCAGCGCACAAAAGCCGUCGCACAAGCGAUGGCCGACAAAAACUGGGAACUGGCGGUCCAGCUACGUGGUCGCUCGUUCGCCAGGAACUUGAAGACGUACAAAAUGUUGACCCGUCUGAAGCCACCCAAGAGUGCCUCCGAUGCUCAGAGUCGCGGUGCAGGCGGCUACACGAUGGCCGUAAUGCAUAUUGGUGCUCCGGCGUGCGGCAUGAAUGCUGCCGUGCGAUCUUUUGUUAGAAACUGCAUUUACCGCAGUGACACCGUCAUGGGUAUUCACGACGGUAUUGAAGGUUUGGUCAGCGGAAACAUCAAACGAAUGGAGUGGGCCGAUGUGAGCGGUUGGGUUGGACAGGGUGGUGCUUUCCUGGGAACGAAGCGUACGCUACCCGAGGGCAAGUUCAAGGAAAUUGCGGCUCGUUUCAAGGAGUUCAACUUCCAAGCUCUGCUGAUUAUCGGUGGGUUCGAAGGUUACCAUGCUGCAGGUCAGCUGGCCGAUCAGCGGGACAACUACAAGGAGUUCUGUAUACCGAUUGUCGUUAUUCCGGCGACCAUCUCGAACAACGUCCCUGGCACCGAAUUCUCACUUGGAGCUGAUACUGCUUUGAAUGAAAUUACGGAUAUUUGCGAUCGCAUUCGCCAGUCAGCCCAGGGUACCAAGCGCCGUGUGUUCGUUAUUGAAACCAUGGGAGGCUACUGCGGUUAUCUUGCCACGUUGGCUGGAUUAUCUGGCGGGGCUGAUGCCGCCUACAUUUACGAAGAGAAAUUCUCGAUUAAAGAUCUGCAGCAAGACGUGUACCACAUGGCGUCGAAGAUGAGCGACGGUGUGCAGCGCGGUUUGAUUCUGCGUAACGAGAAAGCUUCGGAGAACUACAACACCGAAUUUAUCCAUCGCUUGUACUCAGAGGAGGGAAAAGGACUAUUCUCCACCCGAUCGAAUGUGCUGGGUCACAUGCAACAGGGUGGAUCUCCGACGCCGUUCGAUCGAAAUAUGGGCACGAAGAUGGCUGCCAAAUGUGUCGAAUGGUUGGGUGAACAGCUGGAGGCCAACACUAUGCCCGAUGGUAGCAUCAAUGCCAAAUCACCAGAAUCCGCUUGUCUGCUCGGUUUAGUUCGACGUCAGUAUAGAUUCAGCCCGCUGAAGGAGCUCAUUGCGGAUACGAACUUCGAGCAACGCAUCCCGAAACACCAGUGGUGGCUGAAGCUCCGUCCGUUGCUGCGUAUCCUGGCGAAGCAUGACUCCACCUACGAGGAGGAGGGUCUCUACAUAACCGUCGACGAAGAAAUGUCCACCGAAUCUCCGGUAGCUUAAAGAAAGAGUGUGAUUUUGCAAACAAAUCGAACAAAAAAUAGUAAACCAAACAGACAAUUUUCCACAGAGCAUGGCACACUAGAUGCGGCAGAGACGGUUCUAUCCACAAACUGACUGUCAAUUAGCAUUGGGCGAUACGACGGAGAGUAUCGAUACUUCAGUAUCGAAACCCGAAGAACCAAAAGUAUCGAGAUACCCAAGAUAUCGGUCAAAAAGUAUCGAUACAAUAGCUGAGAUCAUUUUUGAAUUUUUGAUAUUGUUCCAGUUGAAAAUCCAAAUAUCGACUCGCGACUUUCGAUUUUUUUACCUUAUGCACAAUGCGCAUAGUGUCGCAUCUAGUGCGCUGUAUUGCGCGUCAGAUGCGCUAUACAGCGCACUAGAUGCGACAUUAUGCGCAUUGUGUAUAAGGGCAAGCCUAAAUUAAAAGGCUAAAUUGAAGUUUUUAGAGCUAGUUUGGCAACUCCCACCAUAACGCGGCAACCGCACCGGGCGUUGCUAUGUUGGUUUGGGAAAUAGCAAUCCCCACCUCGGGUAGUAGCGAGUUAUUAAAUUUGGCAACGCGAUAGCAACGAGCCGAAUCGUUGCUAUUUGAUGAAAUGUCAAACUGUUGUUUUUUUUUUUGUGCUCGAUAGUGAAUGUUCGUAAUAAUAUUACGAAGAUGAUGAGUGUUUCGAAUGCGGACUCAAUUGGUCGGCCUCAGCCUCGCUUGUUAAACACGUCGUAGGACGCAAGUGUCGGCGUGAACCACUACUCAAUUUUAUUUCCGAUUGAGCUGAAAUUUUGCACAGGGUGUUUUUUUCGGGCAGGUAAACAUUUUGUAUAGGUUUUUUUUAUUGAGAUGACCAUUUUGGUUGGCAUUUUGGUCUGCAACCUACACGAUGCGGAAAGCUCAAACCCUCACAAGGUUGGCCAAUAUUAUUCAAUAAACCUGGAAGGUUUAAGCAAAUCUGCUCGGGAGUAUUACCAACUUUUUUCCCGUUUCGUUCGGUCGUUGUAUAAAAAACCAUUUUUCUGCUUUACCGCUGUUUCAAUCUUCAAAAACAACCUAAGAUGCGUUCGAAAGCGGCGUUGGAAAUGGUCAUCGGUAUAGACCGUUGUUAAAACGCUGGAUGGCACCUUCCUCCGUAUGGCGGUCAAUAUUUGGCUAUUUACUAGGCUGAGAGUCGCCCCGAAUCUUUCCAAAAACCAUUUUCUUAAUCGCGUAUAAAGAAAUUUGUUUUGCGAAAUCACUUUCUUCGUCACUAUAUUUAUUUCCUUUUGGCGGCGAAUUUUCAAAUAAUAAUAGCAAAUUGUGGGAACCGAGAUAGCAUGAAAUACAGAAUACAACUAAUGACAGUUCGCUAGCUUUCAGUAGAAUAGUCAUUUAGGCCAACGUUGCAACGUUGCCCAGUUUUACGGAAUUACUUUAAAUAAACAUAUAAGGAUGAAAAAAUUUAUGUACGCACAAGUAAAAAAAUCUGCAAAAGAAUUAUGCUGUCGAUAACUUGAGAGAACGGAAACGAAGUUAAAACAAAGUGACGUGAAAUGGAGGGAACAUUUUAUAAAGUAGAAAGAACGUAGAUCAUUCCGGAAAUGAUUGACUGACGGAUAAGUUGAUUAUUAUUAGAUCCGCAAAAAAUAUGCGAAAUACAUCACAAACAAACAUUUUGCCAACGCUGGCUAAUGACGGUCUUCAGAAAUUGGCAACUGCCGGUGUGAAAAAGAAAUAGUGGAAUUAGUAAUCCCCAUUAGCAACGACCGGUGCGAAAAUCGGUUGCUAUCCAAAAUAGCAACGGCCAGCGUUGUGAAAAUAGCAACUCAAAUGGCAACUCACCGGUGCGCUUGCUCUAAGGUUAAAAAAUCGAAAGUCGCGAGUCAUUAUUUCGGUUUUCAACUGAAACAAUAAUACAUUUACUGAAAACCAGUAAUCGAUUCAGUGAUUCGCGAAAAUACAGCAAAACUAUUUGCUGAACAGAAAACAGUAAAUGAAUGUUUGCUGGAAUCCAGCAAAAGAAUUGAUAUGGCAAAAAAAAAUUACGUCAAGCUGUCAUUAGUAAAACGCGCCAAAUCGCUGUGUAGAUGGUACGGGAUCAUCGCUAAGCUCCUGAUAGCGAAUAUGGGACCAUAGCUAAGUCCUUGAUGGGCUAGAUGAACUUGAAAGUUGAAAUGAUAAUCAUAAAGUUCUAGUUCAACAGUAAUUUGCCUAUGAUCCGAUGGGCGGAUGGAAUCUGGUGCCUGACGGAAACAUGGUUCCCUUGAACUAACUGGUUAACCAGCAAAUUGAUUUAUGCUUUCCUGAAUGAACAGCAAAUUGUCAUAGCUGACAACCAGCAAAUUUCAUUUUGCUGAACAGAUUGCUGGAAGCACAGCACACCAAAAAUCAGCAAAAUGUUGGUGGUUUCCAGCAAUGAAAAUUUGAUGUGCCGACUUUUUGUUGUUUUUCUGGUAUCUAUCCGCAUUUCCUAGAGCAGCAUGAAUCAAAUGACUUCACAAACAAAUACAUACAGGUAAUGCAGAAAUUCUGAGCUUUGGCAAACAAAUGAAUUAACUUUUAUCUUCAAGAUUUGUAUUCACUGGCCCAAUGGGCUGUGAAGCUCCCGUCUUAUUUGUAUAAAUUAUUGACACACUUCCAUAUUAAUUGAUGAGGAAGUUGAUGACAUAAAAAAGUUAGAUAUGUCAGCGAAAAUAAGAUAGUGAAGUCUACCGCUGAAUUUUUCUAACUAAUUAAUAUUGCAAUUUUAUUUUUCACUUGAACUCUAACUUGUGUCGACGGAAAGCAUGAGUUAGUUUCCGCUUGCCAAUAUUCGAUCUGAACAGUGUAACCAGAAAACUUAUAUUUGUUUUUGAAAUACAGUCAAAUUUCGCUCGUUGGGCUACGUUUAAGUUAGGCUCCCGCUCGUUGGGUUAUAUCCCAACUAAAUCGAAGCCAAACAUCAUUUCUGAUAACGUUGAAUUUCUUUGAGGGGUUUGUGGAUGCUUUUUAACGCAGAAAGUAGAAAUAAUUCAAAUAAAAACAAAUGAAGCUGAGUAUAAAUGUAAACAAACAAUAUUUUAAUCAAUUGUCAGAGAAACAAUAUAAAUUUUGUGGCUUAAUAAUACAACGUAGAGCUAUGCCUAUUUUUGAAAGUAUUUGAGAACACGUUAUUACUGAGCACUCCUUUUUGGCUUUAAAUGUGUGGCUUAAGUAAAACAAAUUUCGAAUUUGGCCCUAUGCUGCGCUUGGCUCAGAUUUUGACGGUUCGUGUGGCUCACAACAUUCUCUCUAUCUAUUUUUCCAUCUAAGUUUUGCUAGUGGCAGCUUUCCAGUGUUUCCAGCUCGUAUCAACUAGCUGGCAUCUCUAUCCGAUUUGCUUUGCUUUAUCGCAGCUAACAUCGCAGCGGUUCUACGAUGUGUGGGCUCCACUGACACUGACGGAGAGCAUAACAUAGCGUAUGAAAAGUGGCGGUGAUCUCGUGUACCUCGUGUACCUCGUGUACACAUUGAGAUAUUAGCCCUUGUAACAUGGCGCGAUGUCAGCUAGCUGGUCCGUAUGCAUAAAAGAAUAUCGAUAAAAAUAUCGCGGUUUCCAGUAUCGAUACGGUCGAGUAUCGGACGCUUGUGUAUCGACCCAAAAAAUCGGAAUAUCGCCUCAAAAGUAUCGAUAUUUCCGAUACCGAUACAAUAUCGCCCAUUGCUACUGUCAAUAGUGACAGUUCGUUUGUUGUUAGAAUGUUCUGUGUUUCUAGCGUGUGAUGCUGCUGUGAGAUUGUAUAGCUAUUUAACCCCUCACGAAUAGCUAUGCAAUACUGGGUUAUUUCAGCAGAUAGCAUGUUUGUAAUUGUAGGACAAAAAUAAUCAAUUCUCUAUCCACAUUUGCUACGGAAGGGCUUUGGUUGUUUGUGCUCUGGGAAUGUAGAAAAACGCACUUUUCUCCUCUUUUUUCUAGGUUUACAACCGUCGGUUGCAUGCGAAAACGAACGGCAAAGCCUAUUACAAUAACUGGCGAAUUGGAUGUUUUUCUGCAUUUUAAGAAAGCACUCACAGCAAAGCAUUUUUUUCCGCGCAUCCUAAGCGUGACGAAUUCAUGUCAUAUACACAGUGUAAUCGAUCUUUUAGACUGCCUUCUUCUAUCGAUCAAUGAAAUAUUAUAAAUAUAGGAAACAAAUAUCACAAACCAGAAACCCAAAGAGAAAUACCUCAGUUAGUAAUGGAAAAUCGAAAGAUGAAUAAAAAAAAAAUUAAAAACUGGCCCAGGCUGCCGGCUAAAUUUUCGGGUAAUGUCUCUUUCGCUGGCAGAAUACCCACGAACACCUGCGCAGACAGCUGUAAUAUGAUGCUGCGCUUAGAUAGAUUUUAGUUUAUUAUUGCAUGCCAGUGUACUAAUUGUAGUUGUGUUUUUAUUUUCCUCUCUGUCACUAUAAUUAGGUUUAAAUUUGGUUUGUCUAACUCCGGAGGUGAACGCCUAAGGCGAUGUCACAUGACAUUUAUUCGAGAGUAGAAAAAAAAUAUCAUCCCAAAACAAUUAACUUAUUUCACGGCAAUCCUGUAAAAAUUGGAAAAGAAAAAUCAACAACAAAUACUAUUUAUUUCACAUUAUGUGUUGAGUUGCUUCAUAGAAAGUAUUAUUUUAAUUUCUUUUUUUUUACGAAUCACAAAGUGAGUUUUGUAUCAAUAGAAAAAUUUUAUUUUCUUGUUUGAAAAACAAACGCUGCACAUUUUGAGUAAACGAAGAAGAAAACCAAACAAACGUUUAUCCGAAUUAGAAAAAAAGAUUGCGCAACAUAAUGUUUUUGAAAAAACGUGUUACAAUGUCUGACGGUACAGAUUGUUGAAUAAAUAUAUUAGCAAAUUAUGAAUCACAAUA